GAAGAACAUGAGGAAGAAGAAGAAGAACGCGAGGAAGAAGAAGAAGAACAUGAGGAAGAAGAAGAAGAAGAAGAACAUGAGGAGGAAGAAGAAGAACACGAAGAAGAAGAAGAGGAGGAGGAGGAAGAGGAAGAGGAAGAGGAAGAGGAAGAGGAAGAGGAAGAGGAAGAAGAAGAAGAAGAAGAAGAAGAAGAAGAGGAAGAGGAAGAUGAAGAUGAGGAUUAG